AUGAAGGCCAUCUAUGGACGUAACUUCAAACCACAAGACUUGAAUGCCAAACAGUACACCCACAUCUUGUUUGCAUUUGCCAAGAUCAAUGGGCAAACUGGAGAAAUCGGUCUUGCUGACCCUUGGGCUGAUACAGACAUUCAUUGGGAUGAACCCUGGGACCAACCAGGGACCAACCUCUUCGGCAUCUUUUGGCAGCUUUACAAGCUCAAACGUGCCAACCGAAAACUCAAGGUGAUGUUAUCCAUAGGUGGAUGGACUUACUCCCAGAACGGAGACCUCCCAAGCGGUGCGAGUACUCCCGAACGUCGAGAUACAUUUGCUCGUACAGCCGUCGAAAUGGUCAGAAAUUUUGGCCUUGACGGUAUUGACGUCGACUGGGAAUACCCAAAUGAUGCAACUGAAGCCGCCAACUUUGUCGAUCUUUUAAGACGCAUUCGCCAGUACCUCGACAUACUGAAUCCUCGGUUCGAGAUCUCAGUUGCUGUACCAUGUGGUCUUGACCAGCUCCAAAAACUUGACGUUGUUGGAAUGGACAAAUAUCUCAGCUUCUGGAAUUUGAUGGCCUACGACUUUUCAGGCCCGUGGUCGUCGGUUUCGGGACAUGCCUCAAACGUUCAUUAUUCGAAAACGAACCCAGCCUCGACAGACUAUUCAUUCGAUAAAACUCUCGACUUUUUCAAGGGUUCCGUAAAACCAGAGAAGCUGGUGAUGGGAAUGCCGUUAUAUGGCCGAGGUUUUGCGAACACAGAUGGGCCGGGAAAACCGUACAAUGGUGGCGGUGCCGGGCACUGGGAGGCAGGCGUCUGGGAUUAUAAAGAUCUCCCGUUGGCAGAUUCGAAAGUCAAUGAGGAUCCGGAUGCCAUCGCCGCCUGGAGCUACGAUGCCGCUACAAAACUAAUGGUAUCGUUUGACACACCCAACGUUGCCAAGUGGAAGGCCCAGUAUAUCAAGGCAAAGGGGCUGGGAGGAGCGAUGUGGUGGGAGACUAGUGGGGACAAAGUCGGUUCGGAGUCUCUCGUUCAGACUGUUAUAGAUGCCCUGGGAGGGACGAAAGCAUUGGAUACACACAAGAAUACGAUUGCAUAUCCUGGAUCCAAAUACGACAAUGUUCGCAGCGCUUGCGCUUGA